UCGUUGCGAGAGGUUGUCGUCGUUGCUGAGACCGGUGUAUCUCCUCGCCCCAUUCCCAACAAGCGCGCAAUCGACGUUUCGUGGAAUUCUCGCGUCUGGAACGGGUUCGCACCGUGCUGCUGCUGCUGCUGCUGCUGUGUCACGUUUCCUAUCGUUCCUAUCGGUAUAACCCGCGUGUGUGCCGUGUGGUUGCUGUCAUCGUCGAACGCAAUUCGCAUUCGCGCGACCAACGUACAUCGAUUCGCCGAAUUGAUCCGUGCUGAACUGAACGCGGAACGGAACGGUGAUCAGUGGAGUGCUACUACAAGGUGAAGACGUCCCAACGCAGGUGUCGUCCAGGGUUUUCCGGGAAAGCAGCAAUUGCAACGUUUGUUUCCGUGGUUUCUAGAAAUCGGAAAGCACAACCCCCAACUCAAGAGAGACCCCCCACAACGGUGGUGACAGUCACAGUAAUCAACAGAACGCUACAUUCGACUCUUGAUUGGCCGCGUUAACUUGCUGACACAUCGAUUUCGGCAUCGCCGCUCUGAGUGUGUGCUUGUGUAUCGUACAUUCCCUUAUCGUGUGUGUUGUGUGGUGGUGCUACUCCAUUUCAUUCACUGUAGUGACUAGAGAGGUAACUCCCUCCCUGUGAUCGGUAGCAAGACGCUGCUGCCCUUGAGUUCAGUAGCAGUUACACGGCAACCGCUUGUCCGGUUACACCUCCAGUUAAUCGAACCAUCGUAUUUUUUUGUAGGCGACACCGCCACCGAUCAACAAGACAAGGCGGGCGGCAAUCAUUAGCACCGGAAAAUUGUUGAUACGUUCGUACGUUGAUACGGACCGGUUUCUGGACUGUUUGUGUUAUUACCAUUACCGAGAUACACUUCCACCCCCUUGCAUCGUACAGUGAGAACCUCUCUCUCUCUAGUGAACGGGAAACAGAGCAAGUAGCAAAUAGUGCCGCGUGCCCGAGCCUACUAGAUUGAUUGAGCAGCAAAGUGACAGCAGUUAUUGAAACAGUAAGUGUGCGAGUGUGUGCCCAGGUGUUUAUUUGCUCGAGAACCAAGCCAGUGUCUCUGGGAGGUGGAAUGAGCGGAAAUCGGAGAAGUAGUGGCAUCGCCGUCACCAUGGCAUCGUACUGGAUGCCCUGUCUGUUGAUACUCGUACUGCUGCUGGGGGUCGUCAGUGCGGUUGACGCCGAAAAUCAUUGCAGCGAGCAUCGGUAUGCUCAUUCGCUCCAUACGCACCAUCUGCAGUUUACGAAGGAGAUCCCCGAUCGGGAAUAUGCCGUGUUGCAGCAAUUCAAAAGUUUGCACUGCUGUGGCAAAGGCUAUCGCAGCAUUGAAUGGUUUAAGAACGGAAAACCACAUCCCUGGAGCAAGGACGUGUCCUCGUUCAUCGUGUAUCCGGAGGCGGCUAACCAGACGAUCUACAGCCCACGGCUCGAGGAGAAUGACGUCGGCAACUACACGUGCAUUCUGCGCAACGAAACGCACACCAUACACCACAACAUUGAGCUGCGGCUGCAAGACAAGCUAGACAAUCCGAUGCCAACGUUCCGGCCCAAAGAUCUGACGGUGGACGUCGGCGAAAGCGUCCGGUUCUACUGUGAGGCGUUCGUGGGCAACCUCUAUCUACCGGACGCCACCAACCAAAUCCAGUGGAUGCAGAUGUUUGACGACAAACCACACUCCAUCACCGAUGGCGAACAGGUGAACGUGACACGUGAGGAAGGCCAAAUCAUUGGCUCGUACCUGUCGAUACCGAUCAUUCAGGCGCACCACUAUGGCCGCUACCGGUGCCAGAUCGUGUCCGGCAACUCGGCACAACCGCUCGAGCUGAACGUGCUGCUGUCACCGAUCGAGCUGAGCACCAUGAGCGAAUCGCAGCUGUCCAUGCUCGUCUACAUCACGGCCACGUUCCUGUUUUUGGUGGUCGUGCUCGUCUUUUGCAUCCACCGGACGGUACAGCAACGGGCCGCCGGCAAGAAGGACAACAAUAAGCUCUGCUCAGCCUCGUUCAUCGCCGGCCAUGCCGAUCACCACGAGAGUGUGUAAGACCGAGUAGGAAGCGGUGGCAUGCAUGCAUGAGGGAUGGUCAGAGGACGAUGGUCCAGCAACCAGCACCCGGGGGAGUCCGGGGUGAACCUCUUCGAUCCUUUGACAACCCGUCCUCCCACGUCCCACGUCAUCACAGGAACCCAUUAACAUCCUAGAGAGAAUACUCUCCUUAUGGUUCUUCCGGUGAUUGGCUUGGCUUGGCGAAAGAUAAAGACGAACGCGGCUAAAGGACGAGGUGUUGCAGGGCUCUAUGCUGUAGCUGUUGCUCAUGCUCAUGUCUCAUGUCUGUGCGUAUGUGUGUGUGUGUGUGUAUGUGUGUGUGUACAUGAAUGUAUUAUCGGCCACUGCCUAAACACUGUUAUUGUGGCCGACCCCGUAUACUACUAAAUCCUGCGUGCUCGUACGCUGGUGUGUGAUCUUCUUCCGGUUUAUGGUGCCGGAUCUUUUGGUCGGAAAGCAAAGCACCACACGUCUGCUCUCUUCGAAUCGCUGAACAGAACUUGUUUUGUUGUAGCUCGUCCGGACGAAAAAUCCACAACGAUGUCCCCCCAUAGGCCCGAAACCGCAGCAAGAAGAAGAAGCAGAUACAAGUUUUGCUAAAAGCAAUCAUUAGAUUUAAGCAAGGAAGAGAGAGUGUAGGAGCGCAUAGUGAGAGGGGGGAGGGGGGGGGGGGGAGAGGGAAUGAUAAAAACCAAGAUAGACUGUUUUGUGUGGCCAGUCCAGGAAGGCACAAGAAAUUUUGCUGCAUCCCGGGAGAAAUAGGGCUUGUUUCAAAAACAUAAACUAAAACUCUCCAAAAUGCCACAAAGCACCAGAGGUAAUUGUGUGGUGGUGGAUCGUUUCCUCUGUAAUCCAUAAAAUAUGUCACUGUUUAUCCAAUGGUGCCAGGGAUACAGCGGAUACGUGGUCAGAUUUAAUGCAAAAAAGAAUAUCCAGCAUAAAAACCCCCUCUUAUCACCCAAACUACUCGCAAUAAUGGAAAACUAGCAUCACUAAACAAACGCAAAAAAGAGGGGAGAAUCGUACUAAAGAACGUUGCAACUAAAAUACAACAGUGCUUAUGGAUCGGAUGCUACUUAUAUAGAACACACUGCACCCUAUGGAGAGAAAAGCCAAAUGCAUGGUGGAGGUGAACCUUUCAUCUUCUGUACAUAAACGGAACGGUUGCGAUCCUCGUGAUCUCCAGGCGAGCGAGUUGAUCUCCGCGAAGAACAGUGACGGCUGGUUUGUGCGCCGGCUUCUUGCUAAACGGUUAAUGCUUUAGCUAAGUACUUUAUUUAUUGAUGAGCGAUUCGUUCACGUUUUCCGUUGUACAAACUAAUCUAAUUCGAUGUGAAUGUAUGGUAAGCAAACGAAGCGAAAGCGAGAAUAAGAAACUGGAAAAUUCAUAAACACUAUUAACGCUCCAGUGGCUCCAGUAGCAGAAGCGAAAAAUUCCUUCGGAGCUAUGAUAGUCGCACAACUGCCGACAGCUGCCGCCGUUGGAUUAACAGUUGAUUUCGAAAAUCUUUGGCAUGGUAUAGGGGUAAAGUCCGUGAUGAACGCAUUAUGUAUUAAAUUAUUUGUUAUGCGCUUAGUUUAGUUAUCGAAAUCGGAAACGAAAGCAGCGGAAUUAAGUGAUAACGCGAUGCUGGGGUGAGUGUGAGCGUAGGGAUUGGAAGGAAUAUCGAUUUUAACCACGAUACUACGCAAGUGGUAGCGUACUUUGUGAAGACUCAUAACACUCCGCCACAGGAAAGAGAGUAAAACGAUGCGAGCCCGCGGAGAGAGCCGGACAUUGGCGGCAGAAGUCAGUGCUGGACAAAGACUACCGAUUACGUAUUAUGAUCGAUAAUCAAAUUUACAGUGAAAUAAAAUGUCUAAAAUUGUCGUAAGGAA